AUGGGGCUGCGGCGACGACGGGAGGGGCGGGGCAGGGCGGGCCCAGCGCGCGCCCCCGGCCCGGCCCGGCCCCGCCCCGCCCCGGCCGGCGCGCGGGGUCCCGAGCCGGGCCCGGAGCUGAUGGCGGCGGCGGCGGCGGCGGCUGGGGUCUCGGCGGCGGCCUCGGCGGCGGGCGGCGGGUCGGUUAGCGGCGCGCGGGGUGCCGGGGCGCGGGAGGGCGCGCGGGUGGCGGCGCUAUGCCUGCUGUGGUACGCGCUGAGCGCGGGCGGGAACGUGGUGAACAAGAUCAUCCUGAGCGGCUUCCCCUUUCCCGUGACCGUGUCGCUGUGCCACAUCCUGGCGCUGUGCGCGGGGCUCCCGCCGCUGCUGCGGGCCUGGCGCAUCCCGCCCGCUCGCGGCCCGGGGCCCGGCUCCGGCCCUGGCGCUGCCGCGGGCGCCGACCCGCUGCCGCCCCGCUUCUACCCGCGCUACGUGCUCCCGCUCGCCUUCGGCAAGUACUUCGCUUCCGUGUCGGCUCAUUUCAGCAUCUGGAAGGUACCCGUAUCCUACGCGCACACCGUGAAGGCAACCAUGCCAAUCUGGGUGGUGCUGCUGUCCCGGAUCAUCAUGAAGGAGAAGCAGAGCACCAAGGUAUAUUUAUCCUUGAUCCCCAUCAUCAGUGGUGUCUUGUUGGCCACAGUCACUGAGUUAUCCUUUGAUAUGUGGGGGCUCAUCAGUGCUCUGGCAGCGACCCUCUGCUUUUCCCUGCAGAACAUAUUCUCCAAAAAGGUGCUGAGAGAUUCAAGGAUCCAUCAUCUUCGGUUGUUGAACAUACUUGGAUGUCAUGCUGUCUUUUUUAUGAUCCCAACAUGGGUUUUGGUUGACCUUUCUUCUUUCCUAGUAGAGAAUGACCUGAAUUCGAUUUCCCAGUGGCCCUGGACUUUAAUGCUGCUAAUAGUCAGCGGAUUUUGUAACUUUGCGCAGAACGUCAUUGCUUUUAGUAUUCUUAAUUUGAUCAGCCCAUUGAGUUAUUCUGUUGCAAAUGCUACAAAAAGGAUCAUGGUUAUCACAGUAUCCCUCAUAAUGCUACGCAACCCAGUCACCAGCACUAAUGUUCUGGGCAUGAUGACAGCUAUCUUGGGGGUCUUCUUGUAUAAUAAGACCAAGUAUGAUGCAAAUCAAGAGGCCAAGAAGCAUCUUCUGCCCGUGGUAGUUGGAGACCUCGGAAAUCCUGAUCACCAUCGAAACACACCAGAGAAAUCUCAGAAUGGAAUUAUUUUCCCUCAGCAUGGGGACUAUCACUAUGGUCGAACCAGCAUCUUCACAGAUCACUUUCAGUACAACAGGCAAAAUUAUCCAAACACAUACAGUUUAAAUCACUAUGAUGUAUAGAAUUUAGAAGACAGGUAGAGACUGUUAAGAGAUUAUUUUUUCCCCCAAGCAGUAUCAGAAACUUCUGUCACACCAGUGAAUUCAGAAUCAUAGAAUGUACUUCUCUUGCAGAUGGGAAGGUGCAUGAUUGUCAAUGAUACAAGCGUUAUCUUCCGCUAAACACAUUCUUAUGCAUGGAGCACCUUCCAUAGGGAUCCCAGAGCAGGGAGUAUACCUGCAGUGCAAAAGUUUGGGGUUCUGAUGAAAGGUAAACUUUCAGACUCCAGGAGGGGGGAUCUUUGCUGCCUAUGUUGUCUUGGAGUUUGACACCGGAGGAUUGUGUUGAUAGGAAAAUUAUGGCCAGUAUUACUUUUCUGUGCUUAAUUUUCUGAAGCCAUGUGUUUUUAAGUUAACAUCUUUGCUUUCUGAAUGAAGUUACUUGAGAUCCUUUUUGACAGAUUUAAAUUUCUAGGUAGACUCUUAAUGGGUUGGCAUUCAGCUAUUUGUGGUAUCAUGGGCAAGGAUUGUGCCUGAGUUUUUAGAAACCAAAGUUUGCAUUGCACUACUUGAACAUGUCUGGGUCACAACUAUAAUAUAUGUGGUAAAGGGUUUGGUUGGUAGGAAUUUGUGACCCCAUUGUAAUGGUUUCUAUAGAUUGUCAAAAAGGAGGGAUUUUUUAUUUAAUCAAAGAAGGGUCAGUGCUAAAAGAAUUUUAUUAAUGACUAUGAGUAGUACUUCAAAUAUAAGGAAAAGCCAAGUAGUUUCCCAAGGCAUUGUGACAAUCCAUUUGUGAUCCUCAACAAAUGUAAAAAAAACAAACUGUAAAUCAGUAGACUGGUCUUUCCAUCCUGUUUGCAUUCUGGGCAUGCAUCAUUUGUUUUCAUUGCUGGGCAUAUUCAGCUUUCUUUGUUUGACCUGAAAUUCUGAAGUUGCGCUGGCUCACAUCCGUAGAAGGAAAUUCAUCUCCUUUUCCAUUGCUGGAGAGAGCAGAAUAUUUUUCUCUCCUUGAUGCAUCAAGUGGUAUCAGCAGCAAGGGGAGUAUCAUUGCAGAUAUUCCCUGAUUAAUAAAAGGCACAUAAGGAAACAAUAAUUGGUGCUUUAAACAGCUCUUUCCCCAGGACUCAUACUCUGUCAUUCUCUGAGGUUGAAUUGGGCGAAGAUUUGGCAGAGAGAUACUGCCAGAUGAAGCUUUGUUUUUAUAGGAAGGAUUUUGCACUUUCUACAGAUGAUUUUGUAAAUGUGUGUGUCUGCAUACUGGGCCCUCUGACUCCCUCUUGAAUCUAAAGCCCUUUGCUUUCAAGUGUUUCAAAACAAUACUCUAUUGAUAGUAGCAAACGUUUGCCUAAUACUUUUCUGUAUACAGUAGGAACGAGUCACUUUGCAGUUUUGUGUCUGAGUACUGUAAUCAGGGAAAAAUAGAAAGGAAUCAAGGAUACUCUGCAAGUUUGUUUUGUUAUUUCCAAAUAGAAAUGGUCGAGUUGUGUUGAAUAUGUUUUUUAAUUACAUUAUUCAGAAUCAUGUUUCCCGAGUAGGAUGAAAGGUUAUUAGUUGAGCUUUGUGGUUUGGUUUGGUUUGGUUUGGUUUUUUAUAAACACACAAAUGAACAAAACAUUUUGACCAGAAUUAAGAUGUUACCCCUUAGGCUCUGAGUAAUGAAAACAACAGUAAAGCACCAAUUUAAAGCAUCUGACUUUUCCAAGGAUUUAGUUCUACUACAGGUGUAAGUAUGUUCUGUCCUGUUCUUUUCAGCUUCCUAAUAAUUACUGCAUUUUGCAAAAGCCUGAUAGCACAUGAUUAGGCCAUGAGGUCAGUGAUAAUCCUGUCCCAUGCCACUAGCCUUCUAAAGCAGUUCUGCUCUAGGCAAUGAACUCUUAGCUCAAACCUUGGGAUCUUAAGUGCUGGCUUCCUUGUGAAAUACUGGUUGGAUACCUCAGUGGAUCCUCAUUGAUCUUAUUGACAUGUGCUACUAUAGAUUAGAGGUGUCAAACAUGCAACCUGCAGGACCUUGCAGCCCACAGCACUCCUGAAUGCACCUGAUCCAGAUUAAAAUGUAAUUGGGAAAUACUUAACAAAAUAAAUAAAAAUAAAAUAAGACAGAUAAUAACACAUUUUGAAACUAUGUCACUAUAUGGCCCACAGGGAUCCUUUUAUAUGGAUUAGUGGCCAUGUUUGUCUUUGAGUUUGACACCCCUGCUAUAGAUGAUAACCGGUCUAGGCUUUCCUGUCUUGUGCCAUUCUGGUCCAUGUCCUUUCAUAAAGGACUUACGUAAUAUGCUGAUGGCCUUCCUUCCUCUAGAUAUUGAGGUAUUUCAUAGAGACCAGGGCAGCAUUUGGGCUGAUCAUCUUUUAAUCUUCUUUUUUGGUACAUACUGAGUUCCACUACCUUUUCUGCUCAAACAUGGGACAAAAUGAGGUCUUCUCCUUGGAGGGAGAUAUACAUUGUGGCAACCGUUGGCUCAUUGACUUUGUCCUUCUUGCUUCUGUUAGACUAAUGAAAUAACUCAACUUCUUAAGUAUUUUGCAUGAAAAUGAGCCAGUAUUGUAACCAACAUUUUAAUCCGUUUUUUAAAGUUGCUACUUUUUUAUAGUACGUAUGGUAGUACAUGAAAUAAAAUCAGUCAAAAGAAAUAAAUGAUCAGCUUUGUAAGGUCCUAUCACUGCUUAUAAUCCCCCUAUCCCGGCUAGAUUUUUGUAUGCCACAGGUUUUAGAGCAACUUUUUGUGUGUGUGUGUGGCUCAGCCCUCUGCUUCUAAGCUUGAGUAUAGUUAGUACCUAAAAUCACAAGGCAUGACAUGGGAGAGAUACAGAAAAGCACUUCCCAGAUUUCUUUAUGAUGGGGGUUAGAUCCUAAACAUGGAUUUUUCUUUUCUUUUUAGCAGCAUUUGAGCAAUACUGAGACAUUUUUGCACAUUCUAGUUAAGACAGCAAAAGUAGUGUUUCUGGCUUUUGCCAUUUGAUUUCUUGAACACAGUAAUCCAACUCCAAAAAAAAUCAGGUAAAAGGAAGUUUCUGAUAUUAUUGCAGUUUGUAUUAACUUAAUUUUUCAAUGCAGGAUCUUAUGUAGGUGAGGUGAAACAGUUGUUAAAUACCAUGUGUAAAUUAAUGAGUGGUCUCUAGCUCUGUGCAUCAACUUGUAGCAGGUACGUACGCUGGAAUGAAAAGACCUUAGGGGGACAGUCAAACAAAAUGUUCCUCAUCAUCAAAGGAAAGAAGAUAAAUCUUUAAGAUUGUAAUGUUGCUCAGAGUACAUACCUUUUAAGUAGAGCAUUAGUUGUGUUAAGGCUCUCUGAUAGUUUAAGAUAAUUUACUGUCUGUGUAAUUUUCCAUGAGGGAGGGGAAACUCCUAUUACUGUAGGUGGUUAAGCCUCUAUAGCUUUUCUAACCUGUCCUCAUUUUGUUAUGUAUCUUGACACAGUCAUAGAAGAAGACAUUUGUUUGCCCUGGAAAAUAACAAAGACAUAGGACAAUUAUAAUCUUCUUAGAGACAAACAUUAUUUAUAAAUACUUGAAAAUUUGCAGGCCUGUUUCAAUUAUGUUGAACCUGUUUUCCAGACCAAAAUGCUUUCAAAUUGUGUGUGAAAGUGAAUUUUUCCAUGUUGUGUAUGUUCACCAGUGGCAUUUACCACAAAAUAAAGAAGCCUCCAGAGGGAAAAAAGAA